AAUUCCCAUAUUCCCUGAAACGGCUUUCUUACGCUUAAUUCUGAAAUGAUAAUCAGCUAACAAAAUAAUGAAAGGGGGGGGCGCACCCCGAACAGUAGCUGGGAAACCCGUGCUGCGCCAGAAAAUUAAGCCAGCCUUAUCGAGCCUGCUGCCCUUCCGAUGGGCUGGAGUUCAGCUCUCCUAAUUCCACCCUCUGGCUGGAACUGUGCUGCACGGGCUUCAGCAGAGCCCCUCCGAACACCGUUGCAGAAGGUCGGAGCGUCAUUCGGGGUUUCGCAAAAAAUAAACGCUGCAGAAGCCCGGGCUUGCAAGAGGGGGCGCCACUUCUGCCGUGGGUUACCGAAGAGGGGGGGAAACCAGGCUCGUGCAGCACCGGCGGAGAAAACGCCUCCCGGCUCAGGCCCCUCAUCCCUCCUCGUGGGAAGAAGUCCGCGGCUGGGUUGUGACCUUUAAGAGCAGUCCUUACUAAUCGCUCCCUGAGCUAUCCAUGAGCCCCGCAGGGCUGGGAGCGGGGGACUCUCAGCCACGUGGGAGCUUCGGGUUCGGCGAGGUCGGGCGUCUCGGCGGGCGGCAGGGCUGGCCGGCCGGAGUCCCUGCUAUGGCGCGACUUCAAGCUCGCUUCUUCACCAACGACACGAAAUACACAGUAGAUGAUGUUCCUUUUUCUAUCCCAGCUACUUCUGAAGUUGCUGACCUCAGUAAUGUUAUCAACAAAUUGUUGGAAGCUAAAAAUGCGGGCCACAAAUAUGUGGAAUUUGACUUCCUUGUCAAGGGACAGUUUUUGCGAAUGUCUCUGGUCAAACACAUGGAAAUGGAAAAUAUUUCAACAGAAGAUGUAGUAGAAAUUGAGUAUGUAGAGAAGUAUACAGCACCCCAGCCUGAAGAAUGCAUGCUACAUGAUGACUGGAUCAGUUCUAUUGAAGCUACAGAGGAAUGGAUCUUGACUGGCUCCUAUGAUCAGACUUCCCGGAUUUGGUCAGUAGAAGGCAAACCUAUUAUGACGCUCGCUGGGCACAUCGAUGUGGUGAAAGAUAUAGCUUGGGUUAAAAAAGACGGUUUGUCAUGCUUGCUGCUCAGUGCGUCUAUGGACCAGACUAUCAUCCUCUGGGAGUGGAACGUGGAAAAGAACAAAGUGAAGGCCCUUCACUGCUGCAGGGGACACGCAGGAAGUGUAGAAUCUGUAGCUGUGGAUAGUUCAAGGACCAAAUUUUGCAGUGGCUCCUGGGAUAAAAUGCUGAAAAUAUGGUCUGCAGUGCCUGCUGAUGAAGAGGAUGAAGUGGAGGUGGAGGAAGUAGUAAACAGACCAAGGAAGAAGCAAAAAACAGAGCAGCUGGGACUAACAAGAACUCCUAUUGCAACCCUCUCUGGUCAUACAGAAUCAGUCUCUUCUGUACUUUGGUCAGAUACAGAUGAAAUCUGCAGUGCUUCGUGGGACCACACAAUUAAGAUUUGGGAUGUUGAAACUGGAAGCCUUAAAUCCAGUUUGACUGGAAACAAAGUGUUUAACUCAAUAGCCUACUCACCACUGUGUCGGCGCAUAGCCUCUGGAAGCACUGACAGACACAUUCGGUUAUGGGAUCCUCGGAACAAAGAUGGCUCUUUGGUGUUACUUUCUCUUACCUCACAUACUGGCUGGGUGACUUCAGUGAAAUGGUCCCCUACUCAUGAGCAGCAACUUAUCUCGGGUUCUUUAGAUAACAUUGUCAAACUCUGGGAUACAAGGAGUUGCAAAGCUCCUCUUUAUGACUUGGCGGCUCAUGAAGACAAAGUUUUCUGUGUGGAGUGGACAGAAGCCGGGUUGCUGCUGAGUGGUGGAGCAGACAACAAGCUAUAUUGCUACAAAUACCAGGCAACCACUUCAGAUGUUGGAGCAUGAACGCUUUCUUUUUCUCCAGUAUUCUGACCGAGGAAGCAGCAGAGAACAUAUUUGGCCACAACAUUUCAACAGUCAUAGAAUCACUUCCAGCAACCAGAGAACAUCCAUUUCUGGACCCCAUCCUACUGCAUACAGCUCGUUAAGUAAACUUUAAGGUUCCUGGCGUGAAAUGGAAGGCAUACUCUGUUUCUAAAAACUGUUCCUUCACAUUCAAAGAAAUCUUGGAUGCAUUCCCAGUUUCUGGAAAAUUCAACUGCAGCUGCUUCAGGUUCAGACAACACAAUGAACCACAAAGCUUGAUUAAAAUGCAGUGUGGAAUUGGGGUGGGUGGUGCGAGUAAAAUGGUGGUACUUGCAUGUUAAUGAACUUAGCUCAACACAUCUUGUAAUGCAAAAGCCUCCCUUGAAGAAGCCAGGGCAGAAUCAGUUAUCAGUUAUCAAGUAUUUUAACAAAUAUGAGCACAACAGUCAUCUUGAGUUUUAGUAGAUCAGUUGAUCAAGUAAUGUUUUGCAAUUUAAUAAAGCCAUUCCUGCCUUGGAGGAUUUACGUAAGAGUGGUAUUAUACAAACAGUACAAGCUUUUUUAUUCUGGAAAAGGUAGCAAACAUUUUUUUGGUAAAAUUGUCUUGGCAUACUUUGAUUACAUUUCUCCCAGUAUGAUCAAAGUUCUCUCUUCCUCAUUUGUUUGUUCAUGUGCGCACAUUUGUAUUUACAGGACAUAAAUGUCCUUUUUCCCCCCCCCCCCAACCAAUAUACUUCAAUUCUGAGAUGUUGUUUUUUCUAGGGUCAGAAAAACUUUUUGGGUUGUUCCACGUUUGGAAUUUUGAGUGAAUCCAAUUGUCCUCACAAAAUGACUGCCAUAGAUAAGUCAAAUAAUCCACACACAUGUACACAUAGGUGUACAUGGAAAACCAACAGUUGAGAUUGUUGCUUUUAGUCUCUAGGUCCUAGGAGGAUUUCUACCAACCCAGGUCUCAUUUUUCUGGGCAAGUCAACACAUAUCCAAUCCAAAGCAUUGGGCUGCAGCCACUAACCAUUUUUAUUUUUUAAGAAUGGAUAUAGGAAUUAUAUGGCCUGAAGACAUUCUCACAAAGAUAAUGCAAGGCAGGUACCUCAAAGAGGAUUUUUCAAUUUCCUUUUCUCUUUAAAGGGAUUUUUUUUAAGAUGAGGUAGAGAGUUUGAUGGGCACAACAGUGUUAAUUUGUGGCCUCUGGAAUGAAACUGGGGGAAAUACUCUUGUAUGCAUGAACGCUUAACCUCGACUUCAUAAUGUGAGUGGUAUAGGGUUUUCUCUUGAAAUUCUGGCUAUUUGAUUUGCUUCCCACCUAUGGUGCCACCACCUCAGAACAAGUAUUUACCAGUAAACAUUGUUAUCCUCUCACUACAGUAUCUAUCAUGUUGUAAGCAAAAUCCACUUAAAAUAUAAACCACCUAUGCAGUUUUCGUCUUUCUGCUGCUGUGUAAUCAAUACCGUGUUGGAAAUCUAUAGCUUAUUAUACCUAGCUUAUGCUUUCUAACAAACACUUCUAACAAGCGAAAUUAGAUUUCUG